UGCUGGCCCGCACGGACCUUCGGGAAAGCGCGGGAUUCGGAGGCGGAGGCGGGUGCGGCGUGGGCGCCCGUCAGCCGUCUAGACCCCAGAGGCCGAGGUUGAGCCUUCAGGCGUUGCUGUCGGGUCGGUCCCCCCUCCGCGCGGACUCCGCUGCAAGCCCGCCUCCAGGUGCGCGCUUCCCGGAGCCCGGACGCCGCAGGCGUGGGGCCUCGUGGUGGGCUCCGCCUCCGACCGAGCUCUGGGCCGAGACCUCCGCGGCGCCCCCGCCGACCUGACCCGGAAGGCCGGCGGAGGGAGCCGGGGUCGUUCUGCACGCUGGGGGAGAAUUUUUAAUGCAAUAACCGCUUUAGAAUGUUUGCUUUGGCAAGUGAAAAUUAUUGACAAUGGCUCAUUACUCUAAAGAAGAGCUGGAUGAAGAAUUUGAAAAGUUUAUGAAGGAGCUUUCAGAUGAUUCUUUUGGCAAGUCAAACAGAACACCCAGACAACCUAAAGAACAAGUAAAGAAGAAAGAGGCAGUGCCUUGGUGGUUAACUGAGGAUGAUUUUGAAGAUGGUGGACUGCUUGGAACAAACGUAAGCUAUUUAAAAAGAAAGGCUUCUCGCCCAGUGGUGGAAGUAGAAGAGUCUGCUGAAAAGUCUCAGCUUCUCAAGAGCAGUGGAACCUCUAUCUUAAGUGUGGACAGCUUGGAGACCAGCGAACCAUUGAUUCCUGAGCUCAGUCACAGUGUUCUCGGGUUGGGAUUGGACACAUUAGAAGAACAAGAAGAGAAAGAGCAGUUUUUUGCCAGGCUUGAGAAAGGCUUGACAUCUUCUAUUGAUUAUUCAAAGUUAAAUAAAGAAUUGGAUUCCAAUGACUCUACACAUUUUAAAGGUUUCAACAGUUAUGAAGCUAAUAUAGGACUAAAGGAAGAUGAACAUGAGAAUGAAUCAAAACAUGAACAACUGCCAGAAAAUUACAGUGAUGACUUUGAAGAUGCAGAGGAUAUUGACACCAGUUUGAUUAUUAAAGAUGAAGAAGAAACUCGUUCCAAAGAAAAUCCUCAGUCAGAAGUGGAAGAAAAAACUGGCAUGCUGGCGAAUGUUGUGCUGCUUGACUCGCUGGACUCUAUUGAAGGUGCCAGCCUUGAUGAACAAGAUGAAGCCACAGCUAAACCAAAGGCCCUGCCGGCCACGACUGACAGUGACAUGACAGGAACAGCUUUUUCUUAUGGACAAAGCAAUAGUGACAUUGAAGCCCUGCAGCAGGCCUAUUGUCAUGUAGCUCAUUCUUUGGGAGAUGUAGAUGAACACAGAACUGAAAGUAACACGGUGGAAAUCAUGAAGAGCUCAGUGAAUGACCAUCCUCAGGAAAACGAGGAGUCUUCAAAGCACAUCUCUACUACUGAAUCUGAUCUGCCCACAGUGGAGGACUUAAUGAAACCCAUCAGAAUAGAUUCCGUUGGAGUCAGUUUUGACUUACAACCUCUAAGUGCUCAGAAAGUGACUGAGAGUAAAGACUCGCUAAAUGCUCCCUCAUUACCCUGUAAGAGAAAUGCGAAUGUGAUGCUGUCUCAAGCCCCACGAAAUGUCACCCACCUCUUGGACAGCAAUGAGGAGAAUGUGACUUUACAAGAAACACCAGAUAGGAAUGUGGAAAAGAGCUGUUCAACAACAACUCCUGCAGAAGAACAGAUUGAUAAAAUGUAUCUUGAUAUUUUGAGGAAAAAAAUAUCUGUUAAUUCUUCAGUAUUAUCUCAGGAUGACAGAAUUAAUAAAACUUUUAAAUCUCAACUCAGUUCUGGAGAAGAGACUGUGGUUGAUAAACAGGUACCAUACAAGAAGGCCAGAAGUGCACCACCUUUGUUUAGAAGAAAACCCCAGAGUGGAUUGUAUGCAUCAGUCAGGAGCUCGGGCUAUGGUAAACCCAGUUCACCACUUAAAUUGUUUUCUACUUUUGAAAAGAAAACUUCAAAGGAUGUGAAAAGUAAAAACUUGAGACCCAUUCCCACGUUCAAUCAAGCUAAGAAAAAAGAAAUGUCCUCUGGAACGCAACUCAUCAGGCCUGCAGCUUUGGGCAAAGCAGCACCCAAAAGUGAAAACUGCCUGGCUACUGCUGAGAAGUCUGAAGCUCCUGUGGCAGAUGCUUGUGUGCAGUUUCAGAUGGACUUUUCAGUACACAGUGGUGAGAACAAAGAGAAAGAAUUAUUUAUGCUUAAAAGGGUUCAAGAAGCAGAAGAAAAAUGGAGGGGUGCAGAAGCCCUAAUUGAGCAAAUUAAAGUCACAUUCUCAGAAAAAGAGAAAGAACUAGAAAAUAAAUUGGAAGAACUUAAGCAACAACAGGAAAAAGAGUUGUUCAAGUUAAGUCAAGAAAAUUAUAUUCUUCAAGCCAAGUUGAAUAGCUUUGAAGAAACAAACAGAAAACAAAGGUGGUUACAUUUUGGAGAAACUGCUGAUCCUGUCACUGCAGAAAAAUUGAAGCAAAUCCAGAAAGAAAUACAGGAACAAGAGACCCUUCUUCAAGGAUAUCAACAGGAAAAUGAGAAAUUAUAUAAUCAAGUAAAAGAUCUCCAAGAACAAAACAAGAAAAAUGAAGAACGAAUGUUUAAGGAAAACCAGAAUUUAUUUAGUGAAUUAUCUUCGUUAAAAGAACAAAUGCACAAAAGUCAUUUUCUAUCUCAAGUAGUUGAAGAUUCAGAGCCUACCAGAAACCAGAGUUUUACAGAUCUGUUAGCAGAACUACGAGUAGCACAGAAAGAAAAGAGCAGUUUGUUGGAAGACAUCAAAAGACUGAAGCAAGACAAACAAGCUCUCGAGGUAGACUUGGAAAAAAUGAAGAAGGAGCGAGACCAGGCCAAAGAGCAGAUUGCUUAUGCCACAGGUGAAAAAUUAUAUGAAAUAAAAAUUUUGGAAGAAACACAUAAACAAGAAAUCAGUAACCUACAAAAAAGAUUACAGUGGUAUGCUGAAAAUCAGGAACUUCUGGAUAAAGAUGCAGUUCGGCUUAAAGAAGCAAAUGAAGAAAUUGAGAAGUUGAAACUUGAGAUUGAGAAACUGAAAGCUGAAUCUGGGAAUCCCACUACUCAGCAGAAGUUACGUUCAAAAGAUAGAGCCUCAGAUGCCAAAAGAAUGCAGGAUCUAGAGCGACAAGUUAAGGAAAUGGAAGGAAUUCUUAAAAGAAGAUAUCCCAAUUCUUUACCUGCCUUAAUAUUGGCUGCCUCCGCCACUGGUGAUUCAGCAGAUAGAAAUACAGUAGAAUUCAUGGAAAAAAGGAUUAAAAAGCUAGAAGCUAACCUGGAAGGCAAAGAUGAGGAAGCAAAGAAAAGCCUUCGUACCAUGGAACAACAGUUUCAAAAAAUGAAGAUUCAGUAUGAACAACGACUUGAAGAACAGGAGCAGCUACUUGCCUGCAGAUUAAAAGAAAUGCCCCAGAACCAGCGUGACGACUCCAGGGUUAAAGCCCUGGAAACACAACUCCAGGACGUGAAGGAAGCCCAUCAAACUGUUGUAAGAAACCUUGCAGCAGAAAUAGAGGCUCUUAAGCAUCAGAAUGCUGAAUUGAAACUCAGGAAGAAUGACACAGAGGAUAAAGAUUUUCGGGCUAUAGAAUUCCAGGUGGAACAGGCCCAUGCCAAAGCUAAGCUAGUAAGACUAAAUGAAGAACUGGCUGCCAAAGGAAGAGAGAUACAGGACCUUUCCAGAACUGUGGAGCGGCUUCAGAAGGAGAGGAGAGUGAUGCUGUCAAGUCAGAACACCAAGAGCAGAGAGGAAACAAGUGCAAAAAGAGUAAAGAAAGAUGUUUUGCACCCAAAUAAAGGAAAUGCAAACGGCCCUGGAACCCUGGAUGGCAAGCUAUACCAACCACACACUUUCACUGAUUCCCAUGUUUCAGAGGUUAUACAAGAAAACUGCAGAUUGAAAAAUGAGCUGGAGGAAUUAACUUUGGAGAGAAAUAAGAUGAAGAUGGAAUCUGAAGCAGCGGUGAACCAAUACGAAAACUCCAUGAAAAGGGUCAAGGAAGACACGGCUGCACACAUUGCCUCCCUCAAAGCGUCCCAUCAGAGGGAAGUAGAGAAACUCCUGUGCCAAAAUGCGGUGGAAAAUUCUUCUUCCAAAGUAGCUGAGCUGAAUCGCAAAAUAGCAACACAAGAGGUCCUUAUAAAACAUUUCCAAAGUCAAGUUAAUGAGCUACAAGGAAAGCAAGAGUCUCUUGCAGUUUCUCAAGUUCGAGAAGAAAUCUUACAGAAAGAGAUUACAAAACUCUUAGAAGAAUUGAGAGAAGCCAAAGAAAAGCAUACACCGGAGUUGAAACAUUUCAUGGGCUUAGAAAAGAAAAUUAAACAGAUGGAAAUAAGACAUAAGCAGAGAGAACAGGAGCUUCAGCAGAUAAUACAGCAGACAUACCAAGUUGUAGAAACUGAGCAAAACAAGGAAAUCGAGAAGUGGAAAAGACUUGCGCAGCUGAAGAAUCGCGAGCUGGACAAGUUCCGCACAGAGUUAGACUCCAUAUUAGACGUUCUUCGGGAGCUGCAGCGGCAGGGGGUGGUUGUGCCAGUUGCUCUUGCAGGCCAAGUGAACGCACCGGAACUUGAGUAGGAACUCAGACUUCAGAUGAGCCUGUUGAAAGGCCUGAAGAUGAAUAAAAUUGUACCAUUAUCAGGACAGAUGAAAAAUGAGUUCCACUAUGUUGCCAGAAGGAAACAAUGCACAGGCACCAUUUCAGAACAAAUUGCCCAACAAGGGAGGUGAAAAAGCAUCAUGGUAUUUUGCUGAAGAUCAUUAAAUAGUUACAGCGCAAUGAUUUAUGGGCAAGUUCCUUAAGUCAUAUGAUUGUAAGCUGAUUGAAGUUACUGUGAAGAGCCUCACCCAUACGCUGAGAAUGGAAAGAAAAUUGCACUUGUUCUAGCACAUAAUUAGUGAACAAAUGUGUACUUGAGACAGAGCAGCAGCUGCUCUUUCUUAGGGAGCUGGGUAGAGGAGUGCGGGCCGCAUGGCGUGGACAGCCUCAUCAGCUGUCAGCUGAGCUGCAGCGCUUCCUCAGUAAUCUAGGAACUGCUUUAGGAAAUAGUUUAGUGAGAGUGCUCCACUUCCUUACAGGUUAACGGUGACUCUUGGGUUCUGGUUUUCUACCCCUUCCUCUGGGUUACUCUUUGUGUACCUAGUAUAAAGUGGAAACUGAGGGAAGUUUGAUGUAUGUCCUGCUUUAUUCUUUCAGGCUGCAGUCCAUAAAUGCUACUCCUAAUUUUUUUAUAACUUUAAACAGUAGUAACUUACCUCUUUUUGUGCAGGGUCUCACUAUGCAGCUUAG